AUGGCAGGUUGGAAUCAUACAGGUGUGAAGGAAUUCCUUCUGGUGGGAUUAACUGAAAAUCCUGAUUUGCAGACCCCACUCUUUUUGCUGUUUCUCCUUAUUUAUCUUAUCACACUGGUGGGGAACUGGGGGAUAAUCAUCUUGAUCUGGAUAAAUGUACUACUUCAUACUCCAAUGUAUUUCUUCCUCAACAACCUCUCUUUUUGUGAUAUCUGCUACGCGACUGUCUUUGCUCCUAAAAUGCUGGUCAAUUUCCUUGCCAAACACAAGGCCAGCACAUUUUCAGCCUGUGUUCUACAGAGUUUCUUCUUUGCCAUGUGUGUAACCAUAGAGGUCAUCCUCCUGUCUAUGAUGGCUUAUGACCGCUAUGUAGCAAUUGCUAACCCCUUGUUGUAUCCAGUCAUUAUGACCCAAAGGGUUUGUAUUCAGAUGGUUCUUGCAUCUUACUUGGGAGGGCUCAUUAACUCCCUGACACACACAAUAGGUUUGCUCAAAUUAGACUUCUGUGGUCCUAACAUUGUGAAUCAUUAUUUCUGUGACAUUCCCCCUCUUCUGAGGCUCUCUUGUUCAGAUUCCCAUAAAAAUGAGAUAUUGCUUUUGAUAUUCUCUGGGAUCAUUGUAAUGUUUACAUUUAUUAUCAUCACAGUCUCUUACAUUUGCAUCAUUAUUGCCAUCCAGAGAAUCCACUCAGUUGAGGGGAGGCACAAAGCUUUCUCCACUUGUGCCUCACAUCUGAUUGCAGUGACUUUACUCUGUGGGUCUGUGUCCUUCAGUUACAUCCAGCCAAGCUCUCAGUAUUCCCUGGAACAGGAGAAGCUCUCUGCUGUGUUUUACACCUCUGUGAUCCCGAUGUUAAACCCACUGAUUUAUAGUAUGAGGAAUAAGGAUGUGAAAGAAGCAGCAAAAUGGUCAAUAUGGUGGAAGAGAACCUCCACUUGA